UUAAUCUGAUACUUGUUUUUGGAUUUGUAAAAGUUCUUCUUUACUUACUCAUCGUCUUCGAUCUAUUCAGAUUCAGCCUUUGUCGUUUCGAUUUGUGUUUUUGUUACUAAGAAUAUCUGUGUUGAAAGCUUAAAAAGGAAAGGCAUGUGGGUUGUACUUGGCUGACAUAAGGCUUAAGAAUAAUGAAUGAAAAAAGAAUCUCAUUUUCUGAGUAUUCUUUCAUAUGCUUUAAGCCCUCUGCCGUUUUUCUUAGAUGCAAUUCCCAAUCAUCUUCUCUACUUGGACAAAAUCUCAAAUUCUGCAUUAGAUGGCAGGAUAUCAGUUAUUUUGAAUCACCUUUUGGGACAACACAGCACAUUGUGUAUGACCCUUUAUGAUGAUCUGACACUUAAUCCUAUUUAUAGAAAUCUCUUCUCUUCAUAAUUAAUUAUCUAUGUAGCACCAACACCUAUGAAAGUAGGCGUGCCUAUGUCGGUGUCCCAAGAAAAACUAGGUUGAGUAAGAACCGUAACUGGUUUAACCAAAAGACUGUCAGAGGAAUGACUAACUAAUAAUAAUCAACUAAACUAAUUAUAUUUCACUCCCAACAGUCCCCCUCAAGCUUGAGAGUAUAUGUUAAACAAUCUCUGCGGAAUGUAUUUUACAGAAAGGUGAGGGUUCAAGAGGUUUAGUAGAGAGAUAUGCUUAAUUGGUUUGCAGAAGCUACUGGAAGAUGAACAAGUCAGCUUGAUGUUGCUGUCUAACAAUGUGACAGUAAUAUUUAAGUGCUUUAUCCUUUGUGAAGGCUUGGAUUCAUAGCAGUGUGACGAGUGGAUGGCUGUCACAGUAGAGUAGUGCAUGUUGGACGAAAUAGACGUGAAGAUCUUAAAGGAGAUAGGCGAGCCAUUGCAGCUCACAAGUUGGUGAUUAUAAGGCUCCAUUGUUUGGCUUCUGAGGAUGAAUGAAAGACAUAGGUUUGUUUCUUUGAGCGCCGUGAAGUUAAUGAGGUUCUAAUGAAAAUGAUAAAUCCAGUGGUUGAGGGACGAGAUGUUUGACAAGGUUCCGGUCUAAAUCACUGAAGGCUUUAAGUUGAAUGGUUGAGUCGAAGAAAAGAACAAAAAAACCAUGAGCUGGAGGAUGUUGCAUGAAUUGGCUCAAUUUUUUAACGACAAAACUAAAGUCGGAGGGCAUUUGUAAAGUAAACGAGUGGUUAUUCAUCUAUAAGCCGGUGGGCAUUUGUAGUGACAUAAACGUAUUCUCUUGUUGGUAUGGUGUACUUCUAGACCAAGGAAAUAUUUGAGAUCUCCUAGAUCUUUGAUGUGGAAGGAAGAGUGUGGAAAAAUGUUUGACAAGGUUGAUAUCUUGAAUGGAUUUUCUUGUGAGAACAAUGUUGCGGCAUAAAUAGCAAGAGAAGUGAAAGAUGAUUCAUAAGUUUUGAUGAAGAGAUAGUGGCCGUAUUGAGAAUGAUGAAAGCCAACAAAAAUCAGAGUUGUUGAUAAUUUGGAGAAACCACUGUCGAAUUGCGUGACAAAGACCAUAAAGAAACUUUUUGAGACAACAAACUUAGUUGGAGAUGGUUAUGAGUCGAAUAGCUUCAGUCAUAUUUGAUACUGCAAGUGCAAGAUGGUAGUGAUCGAAGAUCUUUCCACACAGUUUUCAAAUUCGUGAAGUACUCAGAAACAGAGGGGUUGCUUCCAUGGAUGACUUUCUUCAGAGUUUCUUCCCCGCAGUGUACAAACAUAAAUUGGAAGCACAUGAAAACAACUAUUGCAAGUAUAACAAUCAGGGCAUUUCUGCAUUUACCUCUACUUUAUACAUUUCUGGUUUUGUUGCAUCCCUGGUUGCAGCUCCAGUUACAAGGAAGUUUGGCCGGAGGACAAGUAUCAUAAUCGGUGGUAUCAACUUUCUCAUUGGCUCGGCUCUUAAUGCUGCAGCUGUUAAUCUGGAAAUGCUCAUCAUAGGAAGAGUUCUGCAAGGUGUUGGCAUUGGAUUUGGAAAUCAGGCUAUUCCGCUCUAUUUGUCAGAGAUGGCGCCGACCCAAUUUCGAGGAGCACUGAACAUGAUGUUUCAAGUGGCAACCACUUUUGGGAUUUUUACAGCAAAUAUGAUCAACUAUGGAACACAGCAGAUUCAACCAUGGGGGUGGAGGUUGGCCCUCGGCCUUGCUGCAAUACCAACUCUUUUGAUGACUGUCGGAGGCAUAUUUAUUCCAGAGACUCCAAAUAGCUUAGUAGAGAGAGGAUCAAAGGAACAAGGUAGGAAGCUCCUUGAAAAAAUGAGAGGUACGGACGAGGUAGACGCAGAGUUCCAAGAUAUGCUUGAUGCAGGUGAAUUGGCAAACUCAAUAAAGCACCCGUAUUGGAACAUCCUUAAGAAAAGAUACAGACCAGAGUUGGUCAUGGCUAUCUGCAUGCCUGCAUUCCAGAUUCUGACGGGCAUAAACUCGAUUCUCUUUUAUGCUCCAAUGCUAUUUCAAAGCAUGGGAUUUGGCAGAGCGGCGUCUCUCUACUCCUCAGCCUUGACUGGAGUAGUUCUCGCCUUAUCAACAUUCAUUUCUAUUGCAACAGUAGAUAGAUUGGGGAGACGACCCUUACUCAUCAGCGGUGGAAUACAAAUGAUUGUAUGCCAGGUUAUAGCUGCCUUAAUUUUGGGGGUCAAGUUUGGAGAAAACCAAGAAUUGUCGAAAAGCUAUUCAAUAUCAGUUGUAGUUGUACUGUCUCUCUUUGUUCUAGCAUUUGGGUGGUCAUGGGGACCACUAGGAUGGACAGUCCCGAGUGAGAUAUUUCCGUUAGAAGUUCGAUCAGCAGGGCAGAGUAUCACAGUGGCUGUAAACCUUCUGUUCACUUUCAUAAUCGCGCAGGCGUUCCUUUCCCUUUUAUGUUCUUUCAAGUAUGGGAUCUUUCUGUUUUUUGCUGGGUGGAUAAGCAUCAUGACGAUAUUUGUUGUCUUGUUCCUACCUGAAACGAAGGGAAUUCCCAUCGAGGAGAUGUCAAUUAUUUGGAGGAAACACUGGUUCUGGAAAAGGAUCCUGUUGGAUGAUGCAGAUAGAUUAUCUCAAGACUCUGGAACUGAAUUAAUUCACUUAGAUGUGUAAUCGACUGUACAAUGAUGCAGUAUAAAACUGAAAAGUUUAUCCAGAUCAAUAGAGUUUACCUUCCGUUUGGUGUAAUUAAGAAAUUAGAGAACUAUAAAGUUAGUUGAAAAGGACAGGGUAGCUCUUAAUUGUAUUUGUGGAAAAUGAUAAAGUUGAUUGACUGUUUGUGCAGUCAUCUAAAUCAUCGAAAACACAGCAAAAAUACUGAACCCAGGCAUAAAACAAAUAAAGCAAACUCUCCAUUUAGUAUUACA